CUGCGAAGUUCUGCAUCAGAGCCCUCGUCGCCUUCGCCGACAUCUCAGAAUAACGCUGGCAACCUGGCCUUUGACUCUACUUUCUCGCGCGAGCAACGAUGGUCAAACUUCCAAAAGACGGAGGUCAUGCUCAAUUCGCUGUGGCGCGAAUGAACGCUCUGAAGGCGGAGCUUCUGCGAAUUGGAGAGCAACUUGACACAGUGAUACGCACUUGGGAGGAAGAGAAAGAACUUCUGCAGACGUGGAACGAGGCCAGCGCUGCAGAAGCUCGUGCAAUGGAGGAGCAGCUGUUGCAACUCAUCGAGAUGCGGGAGGAGGAUGAGGCCGCGAGUCAUUCUCCGGACGAAACCAUCGAGCUGAACGACUCUGUUCGCAAUGACAAGGCUGGUGCACCCGUCAAGGGCGAAGGCGGCAACACUAGCCUCUCCACCUCCGCCCCUCUCAGCCCCUCCCAUACCCCUCCGCGUGUCACUCCGGCCCCCUCGGAUGCACCCGGCCAGCAGCUAUCGAACGGUCGCAACAGCGAACGCGCCGACUCGCCGCCCACCCAGUUCGACGGCAGACCCGAUGAUGAGGUCGAGCAGAAGUAUCGAGAGGAGAUUGCGGGCAACACGACGAAGCCGAAAGUGAAGCGCAAUAAGCAAGUGUCACAAGAGACUGCCACGGUCUCGGUCACUAUCAAGCAGGAGGACGACGACGGGAUCGAGCACGAGGAGUUUAUCGAAGUCACUCUCACCAAGCCGGAGAAUGGUGACACGCUUUGGGACCUCGAUGCAUUGAAACUGGGCCCUGUCGGCGAUAUACCCAAUCCUUUACACCAUAGGUUUUUCAAGCGCGAGGUCGUGAGCUGGGCAUUCGGAGGGAGCCACCAAAGUACAUUCCCUAAUGCCGGGAAAGAGAAUGAUUAUGCUGCAUAUGUUCCGGAUUGGAAUCCCCAACUCCCAGAGGGCCCCGGGCAACAUGGUAUAGCGUUUGGAAAUGGCAGCGUUGGCUCAGAGAAACUGCCCGUGUUUGUUCGAGAUAAGCAGCCCAAUGCGUGGCGCUAUUGUGGACACUACUCGUGCAGGAGGCAUGGAACACUGGAUCCCUCUCAAAUGGCGCGUAUACCUCGGCGCUGCCUUGCAGCCAUCGCUCGCGAUUAUGUUCGUAAAGAGUGGGGUCGCAGGAGGGUCGCACAUUUGGACGCGCAAAAUGCAGCGGAUGCUCAGCGCGAGGGCAACCCUUACGAACACAUCGUUCUGACGGAGCAGAGCAUCACGGCGGCCUUCCUCGAUGGCCGAAUGAUCAUGUCCUUCACGAUCCUCGAGUUCCACCACUUCGACGAAAGCUGGUUCCAACAGCUCCUCGACGCGGAGAAGGCCGGACAUCGUAUCGCUCCCGAACCUCCUUCAGCGAAACGCAAGAGCUCACAAGGACCCGCGCGACCCCGGAAGAAGCGUAAAGCACCGGCUAAGAAGGCUGCCCCGGCCGCGCAGGAUAGCGAUUCAGAGGUGGAAUAUCUGGGAAUGAACGCGCCUUCCAGUUCGCAGCCAUUCAGACGGUCACUGCGUUCGGGAAAUGGGAGUACCACCGAGCCGAUGGUGCUGGAGGUGUCGGAUGAGGAGGACGAGGACGAAGAGGACGAAGAGGAAGAGGAUGACCAGGGAUUUUGACUGGUAGUACCUGACGAGAUAUGAUCACUUGGUUGUGUCCCAGAACCGUACGCAAGUCUAUGGACAAAGGCUAGGGUCGUUGGUCAGUCAGUACGGUAGCAGGAGACGGCCAUAAAGCUAUAGUCCCCUGAC